AUGGUCUCCCCACAAUUUCUUUUGGUCUUUCUAUUGACCACCUUGCCUUUCGUCGCGUCGCAAACCACAGCCCUCCCGAGCUCGUUCCCCCAUGCGUACCCUGGCAAACCAAAUGGCGACUUUAGCCCUACAUGGCAAAAGUAUUUUCUAGUCACCCAACCAUUGCCGAACAUCACUUUCAAACUCCCUCGCACCUACGCCGGAAACAUUCCCGUGCAACGCGCAGGUCACCCCAAUGACACACUAUUUUUCCUAGGAUUUGAAAAAUCCACCGGUUCCCUUACUGCCCCUGCAUCGAAAUAUAAUAAGGAACCUUGGGGAAUAUGGUUGAAUGGCGGCCCUGGUUCGUCAAGUAUGUACGGUGCAUUCUUUGAGAAUGGCCCGAUACGCAUCGGUGGGGACUAUCGCGCGUCCUCAAACCCAUACGCGUGGAAUAAGCUGGCGGAUUACUUCUGGAUUGAUCAGCCAGUUGGUGUUGGCUUUUCGACGGCGGACUCAGCUGGAUACGUUGCUGAUGAAGAUCAAGUCGGAAGAGAUUUUAUGGGGUUUCUAGACAACCUUGUCAAAGUAUUUCCAAGCUUAAGAACACGACCUCUCUACCUCACAGGAGAAAGUUACGCUGGAACAUAUAUCCCAUAUAUCUUGAAGACCUACUUUGGAAUGAAAAACCCCCCUGUCAACAUCGCCAAAAUAGCCAUUGGAGAUGGGGCUAUCACAACUGCCCAGGUGUUUGAGUUACUUCCUUCGCUCAGCGUGAUCGAAACAUUUCCCCAGCUGAUUGGAUAUGACAAAGAUGUAUAUAAGUAUUUCAAAGAACAAUCUCAAUUAUGCGGAUACGACCUCAACCUCACCUAUCCUCAGAAAGGUCGUCUUCCCGAUGUCAAACUCAUUGCACCCACACAACGCCAGGUUCCUUUCGCUCUCAGCACACUCUCUCGAAAGUCUUCCUUUUUCAAAGAAGUCUUCCGUCGAUCACAGUCGGCUGAUCAGUCCUUAACAAAACGCGAUCGUGAAGAGCGUAAGAAUGCUUGGAAGAGAGAUUUGUCGCUCCGAGAAAACGGGACGAUUGAUUCAUGGUACGGCUGCCUCCUCCUGUAUGAGUUCAUCGAUUAUGCCUUCAAUUACUCUUACCCAUGGAGUUUGCAAAACGCAUCCACCUUCGCAUUUAACGUUUAUGACAUACCAGACGCUCUCAAUCCGCAGAUUGCUGCGGAUGCAAGUGUAUUUUUGAACGGUACGAUGCAGAUUGUUUCUACUGUACAGCUGAAUGGACGCCUCUCAGAUAAUCGCACACGAACUGCGUUCCAUGCACCGAUCAGCAAGGACUGGGCCAUGAAUUUCAACUAUGUUUUCGGAAACCCUGACGGCAACAACUUUGAUCCGAGCCCGGAGCCGAUCAAUUUUUUCACAGCUCUCGCCACCAAUGCUACAGCACGUAGCAUUGGUAUAGUUCUCUAUUCAGGGAACGACGACGCCCUCAUUCCUCACUUGGGCACAGAGGUUGCUAUCCAGAAUGUCACCUUUGGAGGGAUCCAAGGGUUCACUAGGAAGCCAUCCACAGCAUGGGUAAACGAUGCAGGAGAAUUCGCUGGUAUCGUUCAUCAGGAGAGAGGAUGGACGUACGUUCUCUUUUAUGGCGCAGGGCAUCUCGUUGCACAAACGUCUCCCAAUUCCGCCUUUACGUUCCUUCGGGAGUUUGUCCUUGGGAACAAUAAGCAAGGGCUCGUCGUUGGCUCUGGCGACUAUGUCACGGUCAUCGGUGGCGAGAAUCCCACACUCGCAGGUCAAAACCUUCCCGCUGCAGACGAAAUCUACUAUGGCUCUGCUACCACUCAGUCGACUUACAUCGCCCCGUCCGCCACACGAGCCGCUUGGAAGGCGUUUAUUCGAACAGAAACUGCCACAGGCAAAUCCCGACCCACGCCUUAAGUAUACCUGUGCACUUGCGUUUGUAACGAAGUCCGAUAUUAUUAUAAUGAAAUUCCACGCUUUUUCAACG